CUCCAGCAUAUCUCAUAGACCUGAUGCAUGAUAAGAAUAAUGAAAUCCGAAAGGUCUGUGAUAAUACAUUAGAUAUUAUAGCGGAAUAUGAUGAAGAAUGGGCUAAGAAAAUUCAGAGUGAAAAGUUUCGCUGGCAUAACUCCCAGUGGCUGGAGAUGGUAGAGAGUCGUCAGAUGGACGAGAGUGAGCAGUACUUGUAUGGUGAUGAUCGAAUUGAGCCAUACAUUCAUGAAGGAGAUAUUCUCGAAAGACCUGACCUUUUCUACAACUCAGAUGGAUUAAUUGCCUCUGAAGGAGCCAUAAGUCCCGAUUUCUUCAAUGAUUACCACCUUCAAAAUGGAGAUGUUGUUGGGCAGCAUUCAUUUCCUGGCAGUUGUCCACUUACCUCAUUCUUCCUGGAUGCAAAACAAGAACUUGGGACCUGAAUGGCAGGACUCAAAGAGCUGUAACAAAUGGGGCUGAAACACAUCGCCCCUACUCGCCAUGUUGCGGGAAACGAGAAGGAGAGAAGAGCUGUGGCUCUUCCAAGAGCCCAGACCUAGUUGCUCCUGAGCCAGGGCUGUGACACCCUCUGUGGGGCUCUGUGGUUCCCAGUUUCUCCAGGCUUCUGGGCACCUCUGUGUUCCCCUCAUCCAGACGCAGUUGCUCAGAGCAGAAGCUGCGUGCAUUACAUCUGGUCCAUCUGCAGCCUUGCACGGAGCCAGCACCUGUACCAGUCCCUGGAGCUGCCCACCCUGCCAUAGCAGCCAGUCAGCCAGCAUGCCUGAUAUGUGUGGUGACCAGGCCCUGCAUUCGCUUACCCACACACCCCUCGCCACUCCACACCUGACUAACCCGUGGCUGGUGUGGGAUGCAGGUUUGUAGCGCAAGCUAAGCACAGCCUACCUUGGCGGAGUGGACAGAACGAGCUCAGGGAGAAGGUGCCGCCCAGCCACAAUGGUUUCUGGGUGGCGAAGCAACACCCCAAGGAUCCUGUGACACUAGGACUUUCACUUAGUAGAAGAAAUUCAGCAUAAUUGAGUCUACAAAUUUAAAAAAACGUAACCCGAAUAUGACUGGAACCUUUAAAAAUGUUAACACGUCAAUUAUGGUGUAGCUUUCUACAAGAAAAGAUGACACGGAAGCUAAUCCAGUUGUGUCUGGCAAGUUAAUUAUAUCAUCACCAUUGAAGAGUGAUUGUCUAGUGUUAAAGGUCAUAUACUUUUCACAUGUAUUAAUUGCAUUGUUGUUGGCUUUACAGGUAGAAAUUAGUUGUAAAUUUGAAUGGAAAGGAAGAAAGUCUUUAAGCAAAGAUGACUGCUCUUAUGACAUAUUUGACCUAGGAAAUGCUCUUAUUUAAAAAAAAAAUGAUUUUUAAGGGAAUAUAAUGCAAAUUACCAUCAUAAAGUCUUGCUCCUUCAUAUUAUAAUGAGAAUAACAAAAUUGUGUAUAAUUGGUUAAUAAGCAUCACUACCCCCUCCAAAAAAAUAAGGGAGAGAAAUACAGCAUGUCACCUUUUAUUUCCUUUAAAUAUGAAUGUAAUGAUAUUGAGCUUUACUCCUUUACUCA